AUGGCAAGGUCAAAGGCGAAGGUGUACACUUGUUGCGCACUGAUGCUGCUCUGUUUGGUUGCUAUAAUUGUGUGCGGUGCUCUAUUGGUGAAAACUGCACCCAAGUGUCCCGAAGACACUUUCUCAAGCGCUGCAGUGGCCGCAGACUCUGGGACAUGUUCAGAUAUUGGAAGCAACAUCCUUCAAAGAGGGGGCUCAGCAGUAGAUGGCGCCAUUGCUGCGCUGCUUUGCACCUCCGUCAUGAACCCGCAGAGUAUGGGCAUCGGAGGGGGGUCCAUAUUCACAGUGAUGGACAGCUCUGGCAAAGUCAAAAUCAUCAACUCCAGAGAGACCGUGCCCAAGAAGUUUAAAUCUGACCUGCUCAAGUCAUGCCCCAAGACGUUCCAGCUGGUGUCAGGUAGCCAAUGGAUUGGGGUCCCGGGAGAAAUUCGAGGUUAUGAACAGGCACACAGGCUGUACGGGAAGUUGCCCUGGAACACCCUCUUCGAGCCGACCAUCAAGCUCGCCAGAGAAGGGUUCCCUAUACCUCAAAUCCAAGGGCGAUACAUCCCGUAUAUUGAUACAAACGUGACUCAGCCACUGCGUAAGCUGUAUUCAGAUAAGAACGGGAACUUGCUGAAGACUGGUGAUAUCGUGAAAUUCGAGAAACUGGCCGACACGUUGGAGAAAAUUGCAAAUCAAGGGGCAGAUGCUUUCUACACUGGGGAAAUAGCAGAAGAUUUAAUCCGUGACAUACAGGAGGCAGGAGGAACACUCACGAUGCAGGACCUGGAAUCGUUCAGAGUUACAGUGACUGAUGCGUGGGUUGUUCCUUUGGGAGACUACCAGAUGUACAUACCCCCACCCCCUGCAGGAGGCACCAUCCUCAGCCUCAUCCUUAACAUCAUGAAAGGAUACGACCUGAAUUCGGCAUCUCUCACAGGUGAACAAAAGGCGCUGGCUUAUCACCGCUAUGUUGAAGCUUUUAAGUUUGCCAAUGGACUAAAGAAACACAUCCGAGAUCCACAGUUCAGCUCAAGUGAAAUGGUAAAGAAUUUCACAGAAGAGAGCUUUGCCAGCCACAUCAGGAGCUUGAUCAGCAGUGACAAGACUCACGAUCCCCAGUAUUACAACAUCACCCCAUACCUAGACAGCAUGGGCACCACACACGUGUCUGUGCUGGCAGACGACGGAUCCGCUGUGUCUGUCACCAGCACCAUCAACCACAUAUUUGGCUCAAAAGUCAUGUCUCAGAGAACUGGAGUCAUCCUCAACAAUGAGCUGUCUGACUUCUGUGGAAGAGCUGAAAUCAUCUCUCCUGGGGAGCAGCCUCCCUCCUCCAUGACUCCCGCUGUGCUGAAGUCUCAGACGAAGACGUUGGUGAUUGGAUCGACCGGAGGGAGUAUGAUCACGACUGGGAUGGCCUCAGCACUCAUGAACCACCUUUGGUUUGGGAAGAGCCUGAAGGAGGCAAUCGCUUCUCCGAUUGUUUUUGUUGACUCUGAAAACGCAUUGAAGUUUGAACCUAACUUUGAUGAGAAUGUAAUCAAGGCUCUGGAAGAUCUGGGACACACACGUGGACAAGCGAGGCAUUUCUACAACGUGGUCAACGCUGUGGAGAAGGAGGAUGGCUGUAUCUGUGCUGUGUCUGAUACCAGGAAAAUGGGCAAAGCAGCUGGAUACUGA